AUGGCCACGACCACCCUACUCAUUGACAUCAUCUUCACCCACAUCGCUUUCUCCAUCUUCUUCUACUUCGCCAUCUUCUGCAUCGACAUCUUCUGCGUCUUCGUCUUCGUCUUCUUCAACAACCACAGCGAAUCCUUCGAGCUCGCCGCCCAGCGAUCACUCGCCCGUCACUUCGGCGUCAUCAUCCUCGUCGUCGACGGUAUCUUCUACUUCUUCUUCUUCUUCAACCACUACAUCGUCAUCUCCUACGCCCGCCGUGAUGACCUCAACGACGGGGCCUCAGCCGCAAGGAGUCUCGCCUUCUUCAUCGCCUCAGCGGUUCUCCAGCAGUCCUCUGCGACCAUGGCCAUGCCCUUCCUCAUCCCGGCCGCGCCCGGCCAGCUCAACCUCUUCGCCGCGGCCCAACAGCACCAGUCCAGCAACCAUCGCAAGCCUUAA